GAUUGAUGUCAAUAUUUGAGUCAUGUUAGUGAACCGGGUCAACCGGUGACGGGUCUCUAUCUAUCUCCACCCCAACACUCCAAAUUCCUACUUUUAUUUCUACAUGCAUCCAACACUGUAGCAGCAACAACACUCUUUACCACUGUCAAUUUGUCUCUAUCUUUUUUUUUUUAUCGUUAAGGCAAUGUUUUUGUUCGAUUGGUUUUACGGUAUUCUAGCAUCGCUUGGUCUGUGGCAGAAGGAAGCCAAAAUCUUAUUCUUAGGUCUUGAUAAUGCUGGAAAAACCACCUUGCUUCACAUGCUCAAAGAUGAGAGAUUAGUCCAGCAUCAACCAACACAGCAUCCAACAUCAGAGGAGUUAAGUAUUGGGAAGAUCAAGUUUAAAGCAUUUGAUCUUGGAGGUCACCAGAUUGCUCGAAGAGUCUGGAAAGACUACUAUGCCAAGGUAGAUGCAGUGGUCUACUUGGUUGAUGCUUAUGACAAGGAAAGAUUUGCUGAGUCAAAAAAGGAGUUGGAUGCUCUCCUUUCUGAUGAGUCUUUGACUACUGUCCCUUUCCUUAUCCUUGGAAACAAGAUAGAUAUUCCAUAUGCCGCCUCAGAAGAAGAGUUGCGUUACCAUUUGGGCCUGAGCAACUUUACCACAGGCAAGGGCAAGGUAAAUUUGUCAGACUCUGAUGUUCGUCCUAUGGAGGUAUUCAUGUGCAGUAUUGUGAGGAAAAUGGGUUAUGGAGAUGGUUUCAAAUGGCUCUCUCAGUACAUCAAAUAGUUUAUUAGUAAGAGAUGGAAGUUUAUUGCUAUACUAUAUGAGUCUUUGACUACUGUUAAAGUUUAGUAAUUUUGUUUACAUGAUUUUCAUACAUUCUUCUUCAACAGUUUUUUCCUGAGCAUAUGACACAUGAUUUUUUUAA